AAGAAUCGAGGAGUUCCUUGGCCUUGCCGCUAGUGUCAGUUGUCAUCGACUGUUUUCUCGUGCCAAAUGGCUACGGGCGUAGUAUUUGGACACUGAGCGAGGUUGCCUUCCUCGAUAGUGGCGUUGUUGAGGUUUAUGGUUGUUUGUCAAUGCCCCGUUAUCUGCCACGUGAUUAGAAAGAUCGUCGGUACCGCGUGUCAGAUCCUUCAUUUGACUUAGCGAUGACAAAAGAUUCAGAGCAGGAACCUGCACGAUGGGUUCGUAUAGCCAGUGACGACGGAUUCUCUUUCAUUUUGGAACGGAAAGUGGCCAUAGCAAGCCCCACUCUUGCGGCCUCGCUGAACGAGGACAGCAAUUUCGCUGAGUCCCUAAGUAACACGUGUACUGUCCCCCACAGAGGUAUUGUCGUUGAGAAGGUCGUCGAGUACUUGUCUUUCAGAGCACAGUCGCAGAAUGCAGCCGAAAAUGAGGAAAUCCCAGAUUUUCUGGAACGUAUUCCCCCUGAAAUUGCGCUUGAAUUAUUGAUGGCGGCGGAUUACCUUGAAAGUAGGUGUGUCCAACACUAUUCCCUCGACUCUACUAAUUACACUACUUCAGUGGUUUAAGCUCUGUAUUCACUGCUUGUAAUGAUCACUGCCAAACGAG